CCGGAGGCACAUUUGGUUAUCGCUAGGGACAACAAAACGACUUUCCUAACAACUGAAACCCAGCCAAAAUGCCAAUGGUCUUCUGAGUGGAUGAACAAGCACAGCAUAUUUAAAGUAACUGGCACUGCUAGCAGCAACUCCGACGGCGCUGUCGAGCACCGAACCAUGGUUUGCGCCUACAGUAAAAGCAACCUUAAACGGAACGCCACCUACGAGGUUGCUAUUGUGGCCCGUGAGAAUGUACAACUGCGGCUCACAUACAACGGCCAUGCAUUCACAAAGGACGAGCAACCUGUGGAGUGUUAUACUUAUCCCACCUUCCCUUCAGAAAAGAAAUACAUUAGGUGGGAGAUCAUCCAGGAGCAUCCUCACUUUAAGGUGGAUCGCAAUAAACUGGUGCCGUCAAAUUUACACGUGAGAAUUAAAGACCACACCUACGGCUCAUAUGUUUGUGUCUUUGAGACGGAGGGAAUCUUUCUGACACAGGUGUUUUUCGUCCUUACAUAUGUUGAAAUGGAGAAAGUGAAAAUCCUACCCCAAAAACGAGAAUUUGAAACAGGUGACAUGUUAUCCUGCACAUCCACAGCUGCGCGCACGGCCUACCACAUUCUGGACGUUUCCAUGGCCUACUCCAACGUGCGUCUGAUUUCCAGAAAGAGCGGGGCCUUCCAGGUGGUGACGGAUACGCUCUACUCUGUCCGAGUAUCGUCAGAAGGCAGUUUUGAGGGCGCUAUUUCGAUGUGA